GCUUCUCCAUCUUCCAUGCCCCAGACCAUCCUGGGGCGACACGAUGAGCAUCUUCGGCUCCUUCAUGUGGACAUCAAGAGCUUCUAAUGACAGCGUGGAUUGUUAGAGAAGAGUUGUUGCGCUCGUGCUUUCUGGUGGAUGACCAUAAGCCACGAAAGCGAGCUUGGAACUUCCAUCCACCGCUUCCGAAAUCCGGCGAAGUUGGCGGUCUAGUAUCAGGAGCUUUUAACUGAAAUUUGGGACGGCUGGGUCAAUCGAGAUCUGACACUCGCUUUGAUUUUGAACAGAGAAUGGCUCUGCUACCAUGCUCAAACUCGCAGACUUCCUAGGAUGCUGCUUUCCUGGGAUCCGAUUCAAUUCUGUCGAACAUGCACAGCAAUCACUUGCAUGGCCAAGUGCACCUACCGCUCUCUCCGAUGACCAGCGGAGCAGGCGACGACCGGACGUCAAAGCCCCACAUGCACGCGUCAAUAACCCUCUGCAUUGGUACCCUGGGUUGACCUAGGGACCUGAGUUUCACGGCAUCCCAAACAGCAAGAUCACUGACACAUCGGACGACCUCUUGAACUUAACGAAAUGUCCACAAAAGUUCAUGGCUUCGUGGCAUCCAUUCGGCGUACACGUACUUCGAGACGUGUAACCAGGGAAUCCGAGGGAAGAGACCCAGUCAGACGCUCACUUAACAUAGUCUUUAUAACGCCAUGAUUGCACACGAGAACUUACCGCGACGGCAGUGCUGCCCUUUUGCCAUCGUAUUCUUGCUCGUUGGUCUGGUAAGGCGGAUAUUAUGCUGUGCACCGACAAUCUGGCGCUCGACACCUCUCAACGCGGCUUGCAGGCGCUGUAUACCUUUCAGUCUGCCCAUGCAGCGCCAGAGGAAUUAUUACGUCUGGAUGCGCUGCAUGCCGGAAUAAAAGAUUAUUUUGGCAAUCAUCUCUCAUUCGCCGACCUCUCGUCAUCAUCUCCUCAAUCAAUCCUUGAGAUAGGCUGCGGCAGCGGUGCAUGGGCUAUAGAAGCAGCCCAGGAAUUCCCACAUGCACAUGUUACGGCGAUUGACAUAAGUCCCCUUCCUGAACGCCCACUGCCCCCGAACAUAACAUUCCAGCAGGUAGACAUUACUCAUCAGUUCCCUUUUGAGCGCGAGAGCUUCGACAUCGUCCAUUCUCGGCUGGUGAUGAUGCACGUCCCAAACGGGGAAGAUGCGCUAAGACGCGCAAUUCAGCUUGUGAAGCCCGGCGGCUGGCUGCUUGUGGAGGACCCUGAUGACGACCGGAUGCUCGACGGUGGACGGCCGUUGGGUCCUGCGCUCUCAGAAUUCAUGCAGACAUGGGCGGGCAUUAUGCGAGCUCGUGGCGCGAACCCCUGCAUCGGAAGGGACCUCGAGAGGAUUCUAGACUCAAGCGGCGCAUUCGACAAAAUCGGAGUUCGGAAAGCGGUGGUGCCAAUGUCUGGAAUGUGCGAUGACCCCCCGCUCCGAGCUCUAGGCCAGGCAUGGCUGACAAACGCCCUCCACGUUAUGGGAGACCUGCCGAAGCGGUACGCCGAGCAGGGCAUCACAGAGGAGCUUGCCGUUCGAGGUCGCAGUGAGCUACUCGAUCCGAGUCGCAGCAUUACGACAGAUGUGUAUUUCGUCUGGGCGCAGAAAAAGGCGUAAUGGCCAUUGCAGAUACUCGAUGCAACAUCCUUACAACUGAGCUGAUUGCGCACCCAAGAUUUUGGUACCUUGCGCGGUGUGAGGGAACUCGUCGGGGCGCGUGUUAUGGUUUUGAUAUCGUGAGCUCUACAUUGUGGAGCUUCGAGAAUGGAGCGCGCUCACGAGGGCCUACCGGAUGCUUUCGGCGUACUUUCUGGGUCGCGUAGCGAAUGAUAACACGGGCGACUUACACAUUGUGACAUUCACGCGACGCCGACAGGGACAUGGCGGGAACGUGCAAAUACCAAACUCUUUUCUGAAUAGAGGCGUGA